AUGGAUCCAAACAACCCAAAUUUCCGUCAACAAUUUUCGGGUUUUAGUGAUGAUUUCCUAACUAAUCCCGAGUUUCAAUUGUUCUUGCAAAGAAUAGGCAGUAUGUCUUCGCAACCACCUCCUCUGCAUCAGACACCCACUGAGGUUCCCCUACAAAACCCUGCUAAUGAAGAUCGUACACCCGAAACUGAUCUUGGUAGUAACACACUCUUCGAUGAGAGCGAAGAGGAAAGCGUACCAGAGACGCCGCGAUAUCCUCCUCCAGCAGUUCGCUUGUGGAACCCAACCAGGUUCCUGCACGAGCUACCCAUUAGCGAGGAUGCUAUUAAAAGUACAAGCCAAAAAGCAACUAGCCUAUGGCGCAAUGUACAUGCAGCAUAUCAAACUUUGCAUAAGCAGAAGCCGCAUAUAAUUCCGCCAAGGCCUAUUAAGAGUCUGACGUCGCACUGGAGAAGGUUGGCAGCGGACACACUGCAAUGGAUAUCUUGCUAUGAUGAAGCAGGUAGACUUCCGGAGGGAGGGAGUGGUUACAAUGAAGCUGAUCGUAUGAAAAGUGCGGCGAAGCUUUUUCAUGUCGCCCAAGGUCGCAAUUUCACUUUUCCUCACGCAAUUGAAAUGCUUAACAAGGAUCCAAAGUGGAGACCAAAGUUGAGAUGGUCAAUGUCCUUGAAGGAAAGAAAAGCCGCUUGUGAUGCUGAGGAAGAAGGUAGUGCUGGAAGUGGGAAGAGGUCCAGAGAUGAUGUAGAGGAUGAAACCCCUACGGAUGGUUUUUCAUAUGGCGGUUUACAACGACCCGAGGGUGUCAAGAAGGCAAAGGCGAAGCGUAAAGGGAAAGCAGUAGCAAUAGAAAGUGGUUCGUCUGAGCUUAGCGAACGAAUGAAGGAAUUCGCUACAAUUCGCGAGAGGGAGGACAUUCUGAAGGAAAAGAGGAUCAAAAUUGAAAAAGACAAGUAA